AUGGCAGGAAACUCUGGCCACACUUGUUGUGACAGAGGUGUGACCGCCAUAGCUGAGGCACUGCCGAGUCCCGGAGACCCUGUUCUGGUGGCCAUGGUGCACACUUGCCUGGGCUUGCUGGGCCCACUGCUGCCCCCUGAGGAGCACUACCCAGUGUUCCUGCUCCACCUCCCAGGCCGGGUGGCCUGGGACAUUCCGAUGCUGUGUUCCUCAGCUCCUCACCCACGCACACUGGCCCGAUGGGGUUCUCAGGAGGUGUGUGUAACGUCUGUCAGAUGGGCAGUGUAUCCACUUGGGCGUCCUGGAUCACGUGUCUCCCUCUUCCUAGGAUGCAAGAUCAAGGCCUUGCGAGCCAAGACCAACACCUACAUCAAGACGCCAGUGCGCGGGGAGGAGCCGGUCUUCAUUGUGACAGGGCGCAAGGAGGAUGUGGAGAUGGCCAAGCGUGAGAUCCUGUCAGCCGCUGAGCACUUCUCGCUUAUCCGAGCCACGCGCAGCAAGGCAGGCGGGCUGUCGGGGGCCACCCCAGGUCCCCCCAACCUGCCCGGCCAGACCACCAUCCAGGUGCGCGUGCCCUACCGCGUGGUGGGGCUGGUGGUGGGGCCCAAGGGUGCCACCAUUAAGCGGAUCCAGCAAAGGACGCACACGUACAUCGUGACUCCGGGUCGCGACAAGGAGCCAGUGUUUGCAGUGACCGGGAUGCCCGAGAACGUGGACCGAGCUCGGGAAGAGAUCGAGGCCCAUAUCACGCUGCGCACCGGGGCCUUCACGGACGCGGGGCCCGACAGCGACUUCCACGCCAAUGGUACUGACGUGUGUCUGGACCUUCUGGGAGCUGCUGCCAGCCUCUGGGCAAAGGCACCUCACCCGGGACGGAGGCCCCCCGCCGCCACCAGCAGCCUGCGUGGGGACAGUGCUCUGGGCGCAGCCAGCACCCCCGAGCCCUUCUAUGUGGGCAGCCAUGGAGGGCCGCCCCUGCAGGACCCGAGUCCCAGCAGCCCCUAUGGGGGCUCGGGCAAUGGGGGCUUCACGUUUGGUGGGGACGGGCCUGGAGCCCCGACGGGGACAGCCACCCCUGAAGAUUGUGACUUUGGUUUUGACUUCCUGGCGCUGGACCUGACUGUGCCUGCCAUUUGGGCGCCCUUCGAGCGAGCUGCACCCCUGCCAGCCUUCAGCAGCUGCCCCGCGGUUAACGGGGCACCCGCGCAACCCAGCACAGGCGCGCGGCGCAGCAGCAGCGGGGCCGCCACCACACCGCGCCACUCGCCCACGCUGCCUGACCCCGGAGGACUCAGCCUGGAGCUGCCGCUGGCACGCCGAGGCGUCCCGGAUCCAGUAGGUGCUGUGCCGUGGCGGCCCCCGCAGAGCGCGCUGCCGCCCUUCUCCAGCAGCACCACCUUCUCCACGGCCCCCUCUCUGCCCAGCCCCGCGCCGGUGUCCUCCACCCUGGACGCCGGAGCCUCAGAGGGCAACCACAAGCCAUCCACCGCAGCGGCCAACUCCUCCGCGUCCGCAGCAGCCCCCGGUCCACCCGCUGCCGCCUUGGCUCGUGAAUGUGUGGUGUGCGCAGAAGGUGAGGCCAUGGCUGCCUUGGUCCCCUGCGGCCACAACCUCUUCUGCAUGGAUUGUGCCGUCCGCAUCUGCGGGAAGAGUGAGCCCGAGUGCCCCGCCUGCCGCACGCCGGCCACACAAGCCAUUCAUAUCUUUUCCUAAUGCGCCCCUACUCGACGGGGCGGCCCCGGCUUUCCCGGGCGGGGGCGCGGGAGAGGUGGGGAGGGAAAGGGGCCCACGCGUGUCACAAACAGCUUUAACUCCAGCAGCAGUCUCUGCGGCCAGCGGCUUGCGGCCCAGCGGCAGCGCCUCCGUUCUUGACAAGUGACAGUAUUGAGUGAGCCGGUGACAGUACAGCCGGAGAAUCCUGUUUGCACUUUUUAAUUAAGACAUCCCUCCUUCUUUCCGGGGUGAUCUUAAAACAAACAAAAAAAAAAUAACACGAUAUUUACAACUCUCACUGGAUUUAACAGUGUGGAUUCUUGUAGAAACUUCCAGAAAAAGGCAGGUGGCUUUUUCCCCCCCCCCCCGACACACACUCCCUUUUUUUGGGGCAAAUAUAUACCAUUUUGUACAUCCGCCACGGGGUGGCCAGAGGAGGGUAAGGGGAGGGUAUCAAGGGGCGUCCCAUCAACAAAUUUGUAACUUUUGUUGUGUUUUUUUGUUUUUGUUUUUUAAAUUAAGACUCAGUGUUGCGAUUUUUUGUUGUUGUUUUUUAAAAAAGUUUUUAAAGUUUUUUUUAUUGUUAUUUUUACUUCAUACUUCCUGUGUAUAUGUAGGGAUUUAUAUUAGAUAUACGUACUUUAUGGAAUAAAUUUUAAGAACUAAAAUAUAUUUUAUUUUAAAUAAAGCAACGAACCUUUAAUCUUUGACAGCUAAAUCACUGAUUAUAUAUUUGCUGAACUGAUUUAAGGGUUUAAAAAAAUUGUAUCAAGAGUUUUAUUUUUGGACUUGACAGCCUUCUUAAUAAAGUUGUUUUCCUAUAUGUAA